AUGCUGCUGCUGCUGCUGCUGCUGCUGCUGCUGCUCUCCUCCGCCGCGGCUCGCUCUGCGUCAGUCCCGAUGACGUCAAUCUGUCAUCUCUCUCACGAGCGCCUCUCACGGCAGCUGUCGGUUGCCAUAGCGACAGCCAAGAUGGCAGCCACGGAGGCUGAAGACCAACAUGCUGCUUCAGAAGUGCUGAGAGGACUCGCUCGGCAUUUAAACUGUCUCAACGAAGACAACAAGACGACGAGAAAAAGAGCUAUCGAGGCAAUAAAGAAGGAGACGGUGGAUAAAGGGCUUUCAGGCGGAGUUUUGCAGGAAGUGUUCGCCGCCCUCCUCAAGCCUCUCCUCAAAUGCCUGUCAGACCCGAUGGAGAGGUGCCGGGAAACCACGAUAGCGACGAUAACGGAGUUUAUUCGGUGUGUUCCCAAACCGGAGGAGUCGCUGCCUUAUCUCGUGCCUUGCCUGGCACAGCGCUUUGGGGAGAAAGAGAUUGUGGAGCCGGCGGAGGAGCUGCGGCUGUCCGCCAUGGAGCUGCUGUCUCUGACGGUGGAGGUGUGCGGAAGACACUUAGCGCCCUAUCUGAACGAGGUGAUCAACAUUCUGCAGAGAACCAUCGUGGACCCUUUCCCGGACGUCAAAAGAGAAAGCUGCAAAUGCACCGUGAAUUUUGCGAAAUGUGUGCCAGACCACUUCCACAUGCAAGCAGAGAGUCUUGUCAAGCCUUUAAUGCAGACGAUUGCUCAUCAGCACUCCCGAGUACGAGUGUCUGUCAUCGAAGCCACUGGGGCAGUCAUUCAGCAUGGCAGCGGGAAAAACACGGAUGACGUUCUCUCUCACCUGGCACAGAGACUGUUUGACGACUCACCUCAGGUGAGAAAAGCAGUGACUGCUGUUGUUGGUGACUGGUUGCUGCACCUGAGAGACCGUUACUCUUAUUUCCACAAACUCAUCCCACUCCUGCUGAGCAGCAUCAGUGAUGAGAUCCCAGAAAUAAGACUUCUAGCAGCUGAUUUGUGGAGGCAGGCUGGACUGCAGUGGGAAAAGGAGAAUGAGGAUGACAUCAAAGACAAGAUGGACUUCCUCCUCACUCCACCACCACACUUUCCACAAGGAGUGGAGCGUCCAGGCUUAGGCUGCAGAGAGCUGGUAGUGAGAAACCUGGGAAGGCUGGUACCGGCCAUCAGCCACGAUGUGACCGACUGGCUGGUCCCCACACGGCUCCGGACCUCUCAGCUUCUGUCUGUGCUGCUUCUGCAUGCCGAGGACCACAGCACCCAGCAUCUGCAGCCUCUCCUGGCCACCCUCUACCGGGCCUGUACUGACACAGAGCGAGACGUCGUCAGCAACUGCCUGGCAGCCGCUAAACUCCUCGGGACUUUUGUCCCUCCGCCCGUUUUCCUCAAGUUGCUGCUGGAACAUGUGACGGCCCCGCACUCGCCCUCUCACCCCUGGGCCCCCCUCAUGGUGCUGGCCGCCGUGCUGGGCGGCUGCCCCAGGCCGCUCCUGAAACCACAUCUCCAGCAGAUUGCCAGCACUCUGGCCCAGCCCGAGGUCUGCCAGGAAUAUCAUCAGGUUGUGUACUUGGAGCAGCUGCUGGCCUGUGUGGAUGCGCUGCUGCUUCAGUGUGAGUCAGACUGUGGCGGCGUCAGCCUGCAGCUGCUGCAGGUGCUGGUCACCGUCCAGAGCCUCUCCAGCGAGCCUCGGCUCACUGAGAAGGCUUUGGAAAGCGUACAGUUUCUAUGUAAAGUGCAAGGCCUGGCCUCAGCGACGGAGCUCUAUCGACAACAUAUGGGCCUGCUGCUGGACUGGCUGUCUGCCUCCGUCAACGCCUGGUCCAGUUACUCCCCACAAAGGCUGCAACUGCAUAUCAUAGUCGUACAGUCAGGUCCAGUAAUUGGGGAGUUUUUAAGCCAACUGAUGCCUCUUCUCCAUAACUGUCUGCAACCGCAAAAAGACCCAGAGAUGAGGAUGAGCGUGUUCACAAUGCUCGCCAAGCUGCUCCUGGAUGCCAACAACACACUGGAUUCCCAAGGGCACUUUCGUGAGGAGUCCGAAAAGUUUCUGAGCGACACCCUGCUUCCCAAUCUGGUGUGGCAAGCUGGACGCACCGCCGCCGCGGGGCGCACCGCGGCCCUCAGCUGCCUGUUUGCCCUGCUGCACGGAGGGGCCGUCUCACCCGGACAGCUUCUGUGUGUGGAGGAGAAACUGACACUUCAGGUUCUGUCAGCGCUGGAGGAGGACUCGCGGAUGAGCCGACUGUUGGCCUGCCGCUCGCUUUCCGCAAUGCUCAGACUCAUAGGAACCAGCCUGCACCAUGAGGCGCUCAACAAGAUUUACCCUGAGUUACUGAAGCGACUGGACGACAGCAGCGAGGAGGUGCGCUCCGCGGCUCUGCAGACACUCGGGCUCUGGCUCUCCAGCCUGACCAAGGACUAUGACCCCGAGCGGUGCUCCCCUCAUCUCCAGCUCGUCUUUCAGCAGCUCAUCCUCUACCUGGACGACCCGGACGGCUCGGUGCAGCAGCAAACUCUCGAAAUCCUAAAGCUGGGCAGCUCGGUCCACCCAGGACUCCUGCAGAGGGAGGUGGAGGCUGCCAGGGACAAACAGAGGAGUCCUCUCUACUGUGACCAGCUGCUGCAGCACAUCCGCUCCCUGCCCGCACAGACGGCGGCCGGAUGUCCCGACUGACCACAAACGCAUCUUCAAGAAACCCAGAGACUGAAGUCUGUGCCUUCAAAGCAGCCGCAUCUCAAGAUUUUGAUGUUUUAUUACUGUGGUUUACAUGAAUUUAUUUUUCAAGUUAUAAUUAAAAAAAGACUCAAGUGGAAGGGAAGUGAUACUUGUUUUUUAAACAAAUAAAAUGAAGUGUGGCAUUCUAAAGUAUUCAAACCCCCUGAGUCAAUACUGAA